AAUAGUGCAGCUGCAUAUAGGAGAGAGGAGGGGCUCGAAAGAUGGCAUAAGAACUGUGAAUGUAAUAGGAGACGGAGAAUGGGACGAUGGAGAGGGGGGGGUUCAGAAGGCUGAGUUCAGGUUAAGAGCUCGUGGCACGCUGGUAAGCUCUGAGGAAGACAGUGAUUUACAGUCUGAGUCCUCCCUUCCCUCCCCUAUUUUAAAGAAUAAGAGAGUGGGGCGGAAGGCCUGUCAUUUGAAAAAGAAACCAGGACAGAUAUAUGAUCUUGUAGAUAGUGUUAAGGGGUCUGGUCUGGUCUCUCCUCUCACCCCCAGUGUAAAGAAUGUGACAGUGGAGCAGAAGUCCAGUCAGUUGAAACAGAAAUCUGGACAGAAAUAUGACCUUAUUUGUUUGGAUCCCGCCACGGACGAUGAUUCGUCCGGUCCGGUAGCGAGCCGACUUAGGAGCAGCCGCCGCGUUAGAAAGGAAGGCGGGGCACAUUCCAUGUUGCCUCUCGUAACUACCACGGGACAAAAUAGACAGUACAAACCGUUCCAGUUCGGCGAUUUGCAGGCUUUAGUGGAUAAAUUACCUCCCAUACAUGAGGGUGGUGGAUUGUGGUUGAGCAAAUUUAAUCAGUAUACACAGGGGCAAACUUUGGCCCUGGGAGACCUGAGGGCUGCACUGAGUAGGGCGGUGACGCCGGGGGAUCUAAGGGACAUAGAGAUGACCGCGGGCACUGUAACAAAACAGGAUGACAUCCUGUUGGCAUUACAUCUUAAUACACUUUCAGGUGUCUUAAGAGCCAAAUACCCUCUCCCCAACACCAUGGCUAUGCCGAAAGUGACUUGGGAUGGGAAACAAAACCCUAGAGAAUUUUUAAGUAAGGCUAAAGAUAUGUGGGUCCAGCAGACGGGACAUCAUCCGGGGCAAGCGGGGACCCAGGAGGGGUGGUUUAGGGCAGCCAUUUUGGCUGGCAUACCCCAAGCAGUUAAGACAGUUAUGGAAGACAACCCCGAUAUGCCAGGGUGCAAUUCUCAGAAGUGGGAGAACCAUUUAGUUCAUCAUCUGACUAGAGCACAGGAGGCUGGGGAGAAGCAACAAAAAGAGGUUGAAGAAUUACAAAACCUGCUUUUAAAAAUGCAGGUGGGGGAGGCCCGGCGCAAGGUCAAUGAGGCUAAAGCCAAACCAAAGGCGUUGAUAGUGUCAGAGGUACCACACACCCCCGAAUCGUGUUCCCCACCACCUUGGGCACAACAACCCCCACACUACCAUUCCGCAUACAGAGGGAGAGGGAUGGGGAACCGGGGUCCCAGAGGUGGCCGAGGGGGUCCCAUACAAAGACCGGUCAUAGCCAGUGACCAGUGCUCUUUCUGUCUGGAAAGAGGCCAUUGGUCCCGUGAGUGCCCCCUGAAGGCCCAGAGGGGGAGAGGCAGAGGUCAGGGUCCCCCUAGGGGGCAAGGAGGAUAUUGCGCGCCAGGCCCCAACCCAACCAACCAGAUGCCACUGGCAUGGGACGAGUGGGAGGGCCAGGAGGGGCAGGAGUGACACGCCCCACAGAGAGACCAGGGUGUGGGAAUCACGGUAGAUCCCACACUGAUCAUGGAGGUGGACGGCGACCAACAAAGGUUUCUGGUGGACACGGGAGCCACCUGUUCCACAAUGAAGGUGGUUCCGAAAUCUCAUCUGUCCAGCCGUACAUUGACGGUGACUGGCUUCUCUGGGGAUAAACAGACUCUACCAUUCACACAACCCCUCAGGACGAGGGUGGGACUACAAACUCUGAAACAUUCGUUUCUCGUAUCACCACAAGCUCCUUGUAACCUGAUGGGAAGAGACUUACUGAUCAGGUUGGGGGUGAUGAUUCAGUGUGGUCCCGAUGGUUUAACGCUUACCUUUCCGGACGGAGGUACACAACAAUGCGUGGGUUACCCAUCC